AUGAGUCAGUACGCUAAAUCCACCGUUGCACAAUUGAAGGAGAUCUUAACGCAGAGAGGCCUUCCCUUGGAUGGUUUAAAACAGGAUUUAAUUGUUAGAUUAGAAGAAAAUGAUAAAACCAAUUCCAAUGCUGCUACUGAACAAGUCGCUAAUACUCCAGUAAUUGAACCUGUUGAAACUCCAGUUGCUGCAGCUGUUGCUCCAGCCGUUGGUCAAGCUGCCCCUGUCUCAGAAAUUAUCGAAACUACUACUACUACUAUUAGUGUUGAUAAUACCAAAGAACCUGUAGGGGAAAUUGCUACUACAGAAACUAUUGUUGAAACUGUUACUCCAAAACCUGAAUUAACUAAAGAGGAAAUUACUAAAUUAGCAUUAGAACAUUUAGGUAAAAAAGUUCAUAGAGCUAAAAAAUUCGGUUUAGAACAAACUGAAAUUGAUGAACUUGAGAGAUCUAUUGCACGUAUUGAAAAAUUUGGUGUUGAUUUACAAUCUCCUUUAGCAGUAGAAUUAGGUUUAGUUAAAAAACCAAUACAUCGUAAUCAAAAUAAUAAUAAUAAAAACAAUAUGAAAAAGAAGAAAAAUAAGAAUAAUAACAAGGGUAGAGUUAACAAGGGUAACAACAACAACAGAAACAGACAAUAUAAUGGGGAACGUAGACCAAGAUAUUGA